ACUUGUACCCGCAGAUUCUCCCCUUCCAUGGGCCAUCUCUCGCGUCAACCUACCUUGCGAUGUCGUGAUCGCAUCCGCACCCCAUCCUCCAAUACCGUCUCCACGCCCAUCUACCCCACACGCUGCUGCAGCCGCCAAUGAUGGCCGCCCUCUUGUGUCGUCACUAAGCUCUUGUGGUUAUUACAUCCAAGACCUGGGUAGACUCAUGCGAGGCAUCCAGGCAUUGGGACGUCCAAGGAGCCCAUGUAGCUGCAGAGCCGGGCCAUUUGCACACGAGAAGAUUGGUAACGCUCCUCCGCUGACAUGGGCUGUUGGAAUCCUUCGUGUAGCUUGCCUAAGAAGCUGCUUUCGUCGUGUCCUUGGAUCCUGUCUUGUCUUCGUCUUCGCCCCGCCCAUUGAGACAAUUGGUGAACUGAAAGAUUCGAGACUUGCUCCACAAGAUGGCGGCUUCUACUCCCUUGGACAAGGACAUCGAGGUCAUACAGCCCUCGCCGACCAUCCCUCCCUCUGGCGCUUCCUCGCAGUUCGACGAUACAUACGAGGCGUACAAGAACAACCGCGGCCUGGGAUUCGAGCACGCAGAGGCGAAGAAAGCGCUCCGGAAAAUCGACAUGCGAAUUGUGCCGAUUCUCUUCUUUACCUAUUUGCUGCAGUAUCUCGAUAAGAACGGGAUCAAUUAUGCGAGUGCGUUCGGCUUUAUCGAGGGGACUAAGCUGGGAAAGAAUGGGUAUCAGUGGUUGGGCAGUAUCUUUUACUUUGGCUACCUUGUUGGCCAGUGGCCGGCCGGGUACUUACUCCAGCGCCUCCCGAUGGCCAAGUUUCUUGGGUGCUGCACGCUUGGCUGGGGCAUCAUCCUCAUGACUACGCCCGCAUGUCACAAUUUUGCGGGCACGGCUGCGAAUCGUUUCUUGCUGGGCUUCUUGGAAUCGACAGUUAACCCAGGCUUCGUGCUGAUUAUGAGCAUGUGGUACACAUCUGCUGAGCAGCCGCUUCGACUAGAAGCAUAUUAUUGUACAAAUGGCAUCGCCACCAUGUUCGGCGGCCUGAUCGGCUACGCAGUUGGACAUAUCAAGACGGGUUUGCCGCGGUGGAUGUACGUCUUCCUGAUCUUCGGCUCAGCGAGCACAUUAAUGGGCAUCAUCACGCUCCUCUUCCUCCCAGAUCUCCCCACGACGGCUAAAUUCCUGACCGAGAGGGAACGCAUCAUCGCCGUCGAGCGCGUCGCAGGCAACCGCCAGGGCGUCAAGAACAAGCACUUCAAAAAGUACCAAGCAUGGCAAACUGUCCGGGACCCCAAGACCUACAUCCUCUUCAUCAUGGCGACAGGCGCUCAGAUACCCAAUUCAGCCCUGACGAGCUUCAGCUCCAUGAUCAUCAAGUCGUUUGGCGUCGACACGCUCGGCACGCAGUACCUGCAGAUCCCCGGCGGCGCAGUGCAGUUCCUCUCGCUGCUGGCCGGCGGCGUCAUCUGCACGCGCUGGCCCAACAGCCGCUGCAUCACCAUGUCUGUCGCCAACAUCAUCUGCAUCAUCGGCGCGGGCCUGCUCGUCGGACUUCCUGCGAGCAAUAAAUGGGGCCGCCUGGUCGCGCUGUGGAUGUGCUACUUCCAGGGCCUGGGCUUCAGCAUGAGCCUGACCAUCAUCAGCAGCAACAUCGCCGGCUACACUAAGAAGCAGUUAACUGGCGCUGCACUCUUCACGGGGUAUUGCGUGGGCAAUAUCAUUGGCCCGCAGACUUUCAAGGACAGUGAGAAGCCCGGGUACAAGUCUGCAUAUGUUGCGAUGCUCGUUGGCUACACUAUCAAACUCCUAGCCGUCCUAGUUUUGUACGCGUACAUGUGGUCGGUUAAUAAGAAGCGCGAUCGCGAAUCCGCGAGCGGAAUUCAUCUGACCGAUGAAGAGGAGAAGGCGGCGGUUGAAGCGGGCAUGCUGGAUGUUACUGAGAUUGAUAAUAAGGGGUUUCGGUAUAUACUUUAGCUUGGUUCGUUGUUGGGGUAAUCGUGUGGUGGGAAGAAUCAGUGUGGAGUCGAAAGUGAGAUUGUGAGUGUGAGGAAGGAGGACUCCUAAUCCCGACCAACCCUCGUAGAAUUCUCAAUCAUCCUCUCAUCGUUGUUCUCGGCGUGAUUGAAUGGCAUA